ACUCUAGUUUAACAGAGAGCUGGAGUUCACGAUGUGGAAGACCGGGAUUCUCCUGCUCCUGCUUCGGGUGCUCCAGGCGUCCGGCGAACUCGAGCAAGAGACGGAAUCGCGGAGACUCCCACCGCCGGGAAAGUUGGAUUUCGGUUAUGUGCCUGCGGGAGUUUACGAGACACUGGCCCACUAUGAACCGGGACCGAUUGGGAUUCUGUUUCACAUGGUGCACACUUAUCUGUACAUCGUGCAACCCAACGCUUUCCCUCAAGAUCUUCUUGUCAAACUGGCGAAGGACAGGUUUGGAGCCAUUCAGACGGAAUAUCAAAAGGCCAUCUACUACGAGAUAGGCUUCCUUAUAUGUGCAGCGGUUGGCCUGCUGUUCGCCAUCCUGAUGCCCAUAAUCGGCCUCUUCUUCUGCUUGUGCCGCUGCUGUGAUAACUGCGGCGGGGAGAUGCACCAACGGCAGAGGAAGAACGCAGACUGUCGGCGUGGCCUGCUGGGAACGCUGCUUUUCUCCACCUCGCUGGUCAUCACGAUUGGAGUGCUGUGUGCGUAUGCUGCCAACCAGAACCUGAGCUCACAAGUGAAGAACAUACGGAGACUGGUGAACAGCAACAUGAGGGACCUGCAAACCUUCGCUAAUGACACACCAAUGCAAAUUGAUUACCUAAUAUCCCAAUACGCCACAGCCAAGAACAAAGUCAUCUAUGACCUAGAUAAUAUUGGACCGUUAUUGGGUGGAAGGAUACACGAUCAGUUGGAUAAGGAGGUCCACCCUGCCCUGGACAAAGUGCUCAAUAUGGCUGGAGCCAUGCGAGAAACCAAGGAAGCCCUGGAGAAUGUUAGUGUUUCUCUCGAAGUCCUCCAGGAAGGAACGGGAAAACUCAAUUUUAACCUGAGCCUGGUCCGGGUCAGCAUUAACCGCACACUAAACGACCCCGGCUGUCAUGACGAGGAUUCAGAUGCCACCACUGCCCAGCUGUGCCGCAACAUCCGCCAGUCACUGUCCCAGCUGCAGAUCAGCGCCAACUUCACACGGCUACCCAAAGUGACGACUCAGCUGGAGAAGAUGAACAAUGUAUUGAGAACAGACCUCAGCACUAUUGUCCAGAGGGGUUACUCCUCUUUGAACAACACGCCAAACAUGGUGACUGAACAGACCAGGAGUGUCGUGGAGAAUGUGCAGAGUCUGGUGGACGAUAUCGGCAGCAACAUCAGCAGCUUUACCAAGGCGUUCCCGGUGCAGAGCUGCCUGUCCAACUUCACUAUCUUCAUCAGCCAUGCUCACGCCAAGAUUGAGGACUACUACCCUGAAAUUGACCAAAUGGACUUCUACAGGUGGGUUGGCUGUAUCGCUUUGUGCUGCAUGGUGGUCCUGGUCCUGGCCUUCAACUACCUGGGCCUGCUGUGUGGCACCCUGGGAUAUGACAAGCACGCCUCGCCUACAACACGGGGCUGCAUCUCUAACACAGGAGGAACGAUGCUCAUGGCUGGCGUUGGAUUCAGCUUCAUCUUCUCCUGGGUGUUGAUGGGAGUGGUGACCGUCAUCUUCCUGACUGGAGGAAACUUAGAGAAACUUUUCUGUGAACCUUUCCACACUAAAGAACUCUUUAAGGUCGUGGACACGCCAUAUCUGGUCAACUCAGAGUGGAAGAACUUCAUCCCCGGCUACAUGUACAACGACUCUGACCUCGAGCUGACUUCGGAGAGUUUGUACAGUACUUGCAAAGAAAACAAAGGUAUCUACUCCGCCAUGCGUCUGGACAGAGUCUUCAACAUCUCCUCGUUCCUGAACACUACAGUGUUUACUAAGGAUAUGGUGAGUCAGCUGGACAGUGUGAAGAUCGACCUGAGGGCAAUAAUCUUGUUAGAGGCGGAGGGGAAACAGAACCUGCAGGAUUUCUCCGAAGCAGGACUGUCAGAAAUCAACUACGCCGACUACCUGGAAGAGGUCAACAAAGGAGUCACUGUGGUGGACCUGCUCUCAUUUGCCAGAGAGCUGGAGGCCCAGACGGACCUCAUGCCCAGAGGCCCUCUGCAGUCUGCUCUGAAAGGCUAUGUCGGCACUCUGCGGCAGAUCCACAGCCAGCAGAUCAUCCCCAUGGAGCAGGCCAUGAGCGCACUGAACCAGAGUAUGAGAUUCCUGGAGAGAACAGCGUCAGACCUGCCGAACAAAGUCUUAGCGGUUCUUGAGGCCAUUGAAAUCGCACAGUUUCUCAUCUCCCAGAAUGCUACACAUUUAAUCAAACAGGAAACAGAAAAAUACACAGCGACCCUUGUUGGCUACUUCCAUCAAUACGUAGAAUGGGUCAGAACAUCUCUGGCCAUGGAGGUAGCACCAUGCAAGCCCUUCAGCAACAUGGUGGACACAGCGGAGAUCAUAGCUUGCAGUUUCCUGAUUGACUCUAUGAACACUUUCUGGAUGGGCCUGGGCUGCAGCACCCUCUUCCUGCUCCCAAGUGUCAUCCUUGCAGUGAAAUUAGCCAAGUACUACCGCAGGAUGGACACAGAGGAUGUUUACGACGACAUUGAGACAAUUCCCAUGAAAACCAUCCCUACGUAUGACACUAUGAACAGGUUCCCACGGGCCUCGGCUCCUCCGAGGCACAUUGACUGGUGACAGAGAGCCGGCUUUUGUUCUGGCUCCUGAAAGUGCCCUCGAAAACUGGAACUAAAAUACUGCAUACCGUUUGUUUCAUGAACCCUCGGACCAGAAGAAGCUCUAUAAAAACUGGUUUCCUUACAACAGGAGAACACUCAAAUCCUUUUGGGUGUUUUUACCUUCAGCGAACGAUUCACCUGCUCCCCCGACGUUUCCUGCCGCUACAAGAAAAACUCUGCCUACAGGACAUCAAACUUCUUCUCCCUCAGCAUCAAUCUGAGCCAGGCUUGUUCUGCUUCUUUUUUUUCAAAGGACUGCUGUGUCUGCGUUUACAUUUGUUCAGACACAAAACCAUGCUGAAAAUAUUUUCAGCAAGAGGACAUGACAAUAACUGUGAUGCCUGUUUAUUAUUAUGUAAUAGUUUGUGCUUUUGAAAACUGGCUAAAUAGUCACAGGAAGGUCAUGACAAGCUGCUAAAGGAAACUUUUUUCUCCUGCACUUAAAAUGGAUGAAUCACUUUCAAUACAACCUGUGUUAAGGAUGCAACAGUCUCUCAAUACACCUGUGAGGAAUGAUGUAAAUUAAUAUGACAUACAAUGUGUUUUUCUUCUGGAAGAAGACGCUGGUUUGUUGGAAAUGGCACAACUUUUAUAACUGCAGCGUGAUGUGUGAAUUGGUGGGUGUGUGGUUGGUGGGUGUGUGGUACCUUCAUGACUGAGAACUGGAUGACUCCAUUAACGUGGUAAAAAUACAGAAACAGGCUGUUCCCAGAUGGAUUUUUGUGAUUAAUAUUAAGAAAUUUAGCAUGACUUUAAAUGUUUACAAUAUUACAAGAAAGUUUGUCAUCUUUGCUGAUUUUGGGCACAUUGCAAAUGACUGGUUGCCUUUCAAGAAGUCUGUUUUUUUUUCCUGGCGAUUUGACAGAUAUGCUGCUUUUCAAAGGGAAAAUCCACCCUCAGAUGCUCCUACAGUGGUAAAAAAAUCACCAAUCUUUGAUGUUUAAUGUGUCAGAAAUUUACGAUUUCUUUCAUCGUAUCCAUUUUCAAUUUUCCCUGUGCCACCUACUGUAUGUUUGUCCACUACUUCUCAGGUGUUGACUUUCUACAUUUUCUCAGAAAAGCCUUUUAUCAACCUCAGCAAGGAAUGACUACUUUAACUGUGGCACUUGCGUGUCUGAGAGUUGAAAAAGUAAGUUGCACCUCCAUAACUAGACCAUAAACAUGGCUUGCUGAGGGAAUUUAUUCUAGUCUACUGAUGCAGUUGAAAGGUGCACGUUCUCCUUCAUUCUUACUGGUGUUUUAGACCAGCGGUACCCAACAUUUGUGGUUUGUGAUGCUUUAAAACAAAGCAACGUGUAAGUGAAACUCCUCGUCACAAGUUGUACAUAUCAGCAAGCCUUGAGAAGUUUAACCAAAGAGUGAUUUUCCCUUCUCAAAAUUACUAAUUUGAAUGAUUUCAGAAUCACUGCUUUAAACAGAAAAGCACAGCUGCUAACCUGCUCUGGAAAUAUCUCCCCACAGCAAGCUGUCAUCGAAGUUUGGAUAUUUAUCACAUGUGAGAAAAAACAACACACAACCAAACAACAAACUUAUUAAAACAGUUAAGAUAUCAUUUCUAGAGUACAGUACUUUGGGUGGACUUUCCCUUUUAAAUCUCUUCAUAAAGUCAGAGCAUAUCUGCCUAAUAUGUCAGAUACUUAGACAAAAGUGUAAAAGCGUAUAUUCCCUACUGUACGUGAUGAAGUGACUAACAUGACAUUUUUACUGAGAUCUUUCUUUCUUUCAUAGUGAUGAUACUUUUUAAAGUGGAGAAUUUCUUUCUCAAGCCAAAUUCUUGUUUUUUUAACUGUAGGUCUCAGGUGGUCUAACUCAAUUAUGUGCUUAUUUUGUUUCAACAUUUUAUAAACCCCCAGGUAGCUAUAUGGAUACAUUUAAAACUAUGGUACAAGUGAAUGUAUUCAAGAGGUUGUUUUUUUUAAAGAAAAAUUGUUUUGCUUGAUGAUGUUGGCUGAGAUAUAAUAUGCUGAACUCCUAACGCAUUGGACAAGCCAAUCCAGUUAUCCCACCCACAUCACCUCCAUGUUUACAAGUUAGAUAGAUUUUGCAGCUGCUGUUUGUAGUAAUGAUGGUGAAAAAUUAGACAAUCCAUCCAUGAGACAAGUAAGAAAUAUCAAUCAAACAGUAGAGACACAGUAGAAUGCUUUAUGGCUUACAGAGCUGAUGGUGUUAAUGCACUAUUAAGAAUAUAAUACAUUUUAAUAAACACAAAUUUUGGAUUUUACUAGACGGUUCAACAUCAGAAUAUGCUAGUUUAGGAUUAACUAAAAAAAAACUGAUCUUAUAUUGAACCAAGACAAAAAUUGCCAUUUGGAAAAAACGAGUGGACUGAAAUAUUUUCUCUCGUUUCAUUAUUUUUAGAAAGUGCAGAUAGGACUUUGAUGCUAGCUAUUUGAUCCAAUAACAGGAGCAUCAAAGUUUUACCACUUGAAACAACUUUUUAAAAGUCUUACAGUGACAAUUUUUAAUUUAUAUCACAUUGACAAGCUAACUGAUGUCAUGAAUCCAACUGAGUAACCCAAAGGUUUCACAGUUUUAAGUAAUAAUUUUGGCCUCACGUAGAUACCUAAUGUAUCUAUGUUAGUUACAAAUCUAGGUUAGUUAGCUAGUAGCUAAAGCUAGUGAGCUAGCUGCCUUCUUGUUCUAUAUACUUCAUAUAAAGUAUACUUUAACACAUUAUAUAGCAUAUAGUAAAAGUGUAUAUAUAUGCAGUAUACAGUACAUACUGCUAGUCUUAGAUAAAGUAUCAAUCUCAUUGUGAUAUAAAUUCAAAAUGGCCUCAAUUAGCAUGCUUGCCAGUUCUUUUUUUUCUUGUUUUGUUUCAAUACCCAGUUCUUGUUAAGAUGGACAUUUUUGAAGUUAUCAGUGGGCUCACUUUGUCAGGACUAUCACUGUUUUUUUCUUGUUUGCAAGACUCUGGAUGUGACGCAUCUUGGGGAAAGAAAGAUAUGCCCUUAUUAAGUGCUUAAACUAGAUAUCUUGUCUCCAAACUCUGGAUCGAUGCCAUCAGGACAGAUAGUGGUGACUGGUUGGAAGUGUGAUGUUUCAAAGUUGGGCACUGACGGUGCCACGGAAGGAACUUUAUAUGUGGUGGUGAUGGUGAAAUGAGAGUGUACAAAUUGUGAAUAAACACUGGAUUUCAGUUUA